AUGUGUGCCGCUUCGCUUGUGCCAUGCCGUGGUUUUGCUUCCUCAUGCUACUGGCAGACAGCGUCGGUGUUGCUAGCAGGUCUUUGUGCCUUCAACGGCAGAGGCACACUGUGUGACUCCGGACCUGAGCAAGACCGCUUGAAGACGUGGUUGAAGAAGCACGGAGGGUACAUGAAAGGCCUGAGCGUGAAGCAGAUACCGGGGCGUGGCAAAGGGCUCGUGAAGCAGGAUGGACCAGCUGCAUCAAGUGAAAUGCUACUGCGGGUGCCUUGGAAGCUGGUCCUACAUCGAGACCUCGUGGACAAAGAUCCGCGGCUGCAGCAAUUGAUGGAGAAGUGGCGUCUAUCUCAAGGCAGUGCCAGCGAUUCCCAGGCCAUCCGCUUCUGGCUUCUCCACUCGGACCCCGAGUGGGCGCCGUGGUUGGAGCUUCUGCCCCAGGAGCUCAACGCCGGCGCCGAGGCCUUGCCGCUGGCCUUGGCCUUUUCGGGCUCCGAGGCCCUCAGGGGCACCGCCUUGCAGAGGGAGGCGGAGGUGCUGCUGGAGGCCAAGAGAAGCGAGUGGCACGCCCUGUCGCUCAUAGCUCCGAUGGCUCCGACCUGGGAGCGCUUCCUGUGGGCCCAGGCCAUUGUGUCCACCAGAUCCAGCACCUUGCCCAUGGGGCCCCGCGAGGUGCCGUGCCUGGUGCCUGUCCUAGAUUUCGCCAACCAUGGAGAGCCCAAUGCCUGUAUCCGCGGCACUGGGAAGGGAGUUGAGCUGGUGGCGUGCAAGGCGAUCCUGGAAGGAGAGGAGAUCCUCAUCUCCUACGGCGCCCACAGCGCGGAGCAGUUCCUUUUUGCCUUCGGCUUCUUUCCGCCGGAGGCGGAGGUUGAGCCCGUGGUUCCGCUGCGAAGCUCCACGCCCUUGGUGCUGCGGGCCAACAAGCAGGCAAAGACGGCAUGCGCGUCUUGA